AUGUCCGCAUUCGGUUUGGUCGCUAUAACGCUGGUCCUAUUGGCCAGUUUGGCCUCCAGUAGAGAUCUGCCUUUUUUUGUGAAGAGUUUGAGGGACUUGCAUCGAGGACCGCCUCAAUUACCAAUGAAAAGCCGUGCUGAGCCAGUAACCGGUUGGAUUACACAGAAAAUAGAUCACUUUGAUGAGUCCAAUACGGAUACCUAUCAAAUGCGCUAUUUGGUCAACGAUGAAUUCGAAACGGAAGGCAGUCCGAUCUUUAUCUUCGUAGGUGGUGAGUGGGAAAUAGAGCCAAGUAUGGUAAAGGGCGGUCUUUGGUACGAUCUGGCCAAGGAGCACAAUGGAGUUUUAGUCUACACCGAACACCGCUACUACGGAGAGAGUUUGCCAACAACCACAUUCUCAACGGAAAAUUUAAAAUAUCUGCAUGUUAAGCAGGCAUUGGCCGAUCUGGCGCACUUCAUUGAGACAUUUAAAGCUGAAAAUCCAAACUUGACCAACUCUAAGGUACUCUUGUCAGGUGGAUCCUACUCGGCCACCAUGGUUGUUUGGUUUAAACGUCUCUACCCCGAACUCAUUGUGGGUGGUUGGGCCUCGAGCGCUCCUCUACUGGCCAAGCUGAAUUUCGUCGAAUACAAAGAGGUGGUGGGCAAGGCUUUCUUGGAAUUGGGCGGCCAACAAUGUUACAAUCGCAUACAGAAUGGAAUUGCCGAAUUAGAGGAAUUAUUCGAUAAUAAACGCGCCGCCGAGGCUCGCGCUAUGUUGCGUCUGUGCAGCAAUUUCGAUGAGCACAACGAUUUGGAUCUCUGGUCGCUGUUUGGAAGUAUCUCUAACAUAUUUUCGGGCAUUGCACAGACACAAAGGGAGGGCGAUAUUGAAUUCUACUGCAACUAUCUGCUUAGCUUUGACGACGACGCCUCAGCCAUUGCUAACUUCGCCUAUUAUGCUUGGGGCUCACCCAAUUGCCUUGAUCCGACCUAUAAGGAGACCGUGGAGUAUUACUUGUGGGGCAUUAAUAAUUUGGAUGAAUCACGUGCCUGGUAUUAUCAGACCUGCAAUGAGUACGGCUGGUAUCAGACCUCGGGCUCAUCUAAUCAACCAUUUGGCACCAAGUUUCCGGCCACCCUCUAUACUGAGCUUUGCAGCGAUGUCUUCGACCAUCAGUUCGGCAAUGAAAAAAUUGUUGAGAACACCGUUCAGACGAACGAAGACUUUGGUGGCAUGGAGCCCGAAGUUGAGAAUAUCUAUGUGACCCAUGGCGCCUUGGACCCAUGGCACCCAAUGGGAUUGGGGACUGCAGAGGGGGCCACAAUUAUAUCAAAGGCUUCACAUUGCAACGAUUUUACAUCGAUCAGUAGCCAGGACAGCGAAGAAAUGCGUGCCGCUAAGGAACGGCUCUCCGAAUUAGUGCGCGAGUGGUUGGCUUAAUAUAUGAUCGAGAUUAAUUCCAUUUCAACUGAUAAUGUUGGAAAAUAAAUUAUGGUUUGAUAUCAUGCCUUAGCCUUAUAGCGUAA